GCUUCGUAGUACCACACCCCCGGAGAGGGAGGCUGAAGCAUCUGAAACCUUAAACCAUCAGAGGAGGGAGAGAGGGUUUUGCAUGCAGGCGCGGAGAAUGGAGUAACUGAGAUACGUAAGGAGGGAGGGAGACUUGAGGGCUGAAGGGGGGAGAGCGAGCGAGCGAGCAGACAAGCAAGCAAGUAGUGGCUCAUCACCGAGGAGAGAACUCGACGGAAGAAUCAAGAGAAAGGAAGCGAUAUAAUGCACUAGGGAGAGGGGGCUGGCUGCUUUUUCACGCGCAGAGCGAGAGCCGCGGGAGCGCCUCCUGAAACUGACAUCCCUGCUGCAGAGCCCUGACGGAGCUUGUCAAUGGAGCUGGAAAACAUUGUUGCCAACACGGUCUUGCUGAAAGCCCGGGAAGGGGGUGGAGGAAAACGCAAAGGUAAAAGCAAAAAGUGGAAGGAGAUCCUGAAGUUUCCACACAUCAGUCAGUGUGAAGAUCUUCGAAGAACGAUUGAGCACCUGAAGUUGUACUCUGAAUUCUGUGGACCAGGAAAAGUUAAAACCAAGAGAGAUUACUACAGUUUAUAUGACAAGCAGCCAAUAGGAAGACUUCUCUUUCGGCGGUUCUGUGAGACUCGCCCAGAGCUUGAGUGCUGUAUUAGAUUUCUGGACUCGGUGGCAGAAUAUGAAGUUACUCCAGAUGAAAAACUAGGAGAGAAAGGCAAAGAAAUUGUGAUGAAAUACCUCAUCCCAGAGUCUCCAGUUUAUGUAGCAGAAGUCAAUCGAGAUCUUGUCCAGCAGACAGAAGAAAAACUUGAAAACAGCCCCUGUAAAGAGCUGUUCUCACCAUGUGUGAAAUCUGUUCAUGACUACCUAAGUGAAGAACCUUUUCAAGAAUAUUUAGACAGCAUGUACUUUGAUAGAUUUCUCCAGUGGAAAUGGCUGGAAAGACAACCAGUAACAAAAAACACAUUUAGGCAGUACAGGGUUUUAGGAAAAGGUGGUUUUGGGGAGGUCUGUGCUUGCCAAGUACGAGCAACUGGGAAAAUGUAUGCGUGCAAAAGAUUAGAGAAAAAAAGGAUAAAGAAGAGGAAAGGUGAAUCCAUGGCCCUAAAUGAAAAGCAGAUUCUAGAAAAAGUCAAUAGUCAAUUUGUAGUCAACUUAGCCUAUGCCUAUGAAACAAAGGAUGCACUCUGUUUAGUUCUAACCAUAAUGAAUGGGGGUGACUUGAAAUUCCACAUCUAUAAUAUGGGAAACCCAGGCUUUGAAGAAGAAAGAGCCUUGUUUUAUGCAGCAGAGAUUCUUUGUGGCUUAGAAGACCUGCAUAAAGAGAACACUGUGUACAGGGAUUUGAAGCCAGAAAAUAUCCUGUUAGAUGAUUAUGGCCAUAUCAGAAUUUCUGAUUUGGGUCUAGCUGUUAAAAUCCCUGAGGCUGAAUCAAUCCGUGGACGAGUAGGAACAGUCGGUUACAUGGCUCCAGAAGUCUUGAAUAACCAGCGGUACACCCUGAGCCCUGACUACUGGGGGUUAGGUUGCCUGAUCUAUGAAAUGAUUGCAGGACAAUCACCCUUCCGUGGAAGAAAAGAGAAGGUAAAGCGAGAAGAAGUAGACAGGAGAGUCCUGAAGACUGAGGAGGUGUAUUCACAUAAAUUCUCGGAGGAGGCAAAGUCUAUCUGCAAAAUGCUACUGACCAAAGAUUUGAAGCAAAGGCUGGGUUGUCAAGAAGAAGGUGCAGCUGAAGUAAAGAGGCACCCAUUUUUCAAGAACAUGAAUUUCAAACGCUUAGAAGCAGGAAUGUUGGACCCUCCUUUUGUCCCUGAUCCUAGAGCAGUGUACUGCAAAGAUGUGUUGGACAUUGAACAGUUUUCAACUGUCAAGGGAGUGAACUUGGACCAAACAGAUGAUGAUUUUUAUUCCAAGUUUUCCACGGGCUCUGUAUCUAUUCCAUGGCAAAAUGAGAUGAUAGAAACGGAAUGUUUUAAAGAACUAAAUGUGUUUGGACCAAAUGGUACUAUCUCACCAGACCUUAACAAAAGCUACCCACCGGAACCACCGAAGAAAGGAUUACUCCACAGAAUAUUUAAACGUCAGCAUCAGAACAAUUCCAAGAGUUCUCCAAAGGCCAGUUUAAAUCAUCAUAUCAAUUCCAACCAUGUAAGUUCAAACUCCACUGGAAGCAGCUAGUUCUGCCUUGGCUUUUGUGAAUCAGCACUUUGCAUCCUUCCACUAUACAGUAUGGAGUUUCAAGGAUGAAAGAGAGCGACCGCCAUUGAGCUAGAAGAUCAACAAGGCUCCUACUGUGGGAGAUUUUCCCCUUACCAUUCCUUCCAGUGGAGCCUCCCAUUUUAAUGAAGAAUUUUCCUCUCAGGUCUGUUUUUAGAGGUGGCCCUUGAGGUCUUGUAACUCAUCAUUGACUCUGUAGGACAUUGCAAUAGAAAUUGGAGUCUGACAACGUGCACGUUAAAAUAGCAUCAUAACUAGAACUGAAUUUUGUCAUUAUUUUUAAAGAAAAGGUUUUGUAAAUUUAUCUAUUGUCUCAGUUUACAUUUUGUACAUUUGUAUUUAAAUGAAAGAUGGACUUGGGGAUGUAUAUUUUCUGAGCAGCAGCUUGUAAAGCCAUGUGUUUUAAGACUUUUUUAAAAAAAGAAAAAGUGACUCAAGACUUCCAGAGCCUCAAAAUGAGAUGGUUUGGGUUUUUUUUACAGAUAUAGAAAAGUAUUCAUAUGUUCCAAUUUUUUUCAUAUCCAUUCUGUUGAUAUGAAUUUUUACGGCAUACUUCAUUAUUUUUUCAGCUGUUUUGUUUACAGCAACACUGCAGGCUAGUGUCUUCUCUCUGUUUUGUUAAAAGCUUUGCAUUUAAUGCAAACUCAAACGUGCAGUCAAGAUUUGCCAUCUCUAAGGACCCUAAUACACUAUGUCUGAGGUUCAGAAUGUCAUGGGACCAACGCUGUUGCUAUUUGCACUUUUUGUAGUUAUAUUACCCUUUUAUGUCCGUUGCUGAAAGUCAACCCUGCUUUAAGACCCUCCUCCCUCCCCCUCUCCAGCUGCCACCAUUGUCCCAGGCCAGUUUCCAGUGUUUCUGUGAUCUUGCUAGAGACAAGAAGAACAAAUGUACAUGAUCACAGACACAGGUAGCCAUCUGCUCUCUGCAUAUGCUUGUGUCAAGAAGAUGCCAAGAGACUGGCUUGAUUUCACCUUUGGGUGGGUUUGAACAGGUCAUUGAGAAAAGGUGCUGGAUACAUGUUGGAUGUGCAGUAAUGCACAUGUGUCUCCUGAGUUCCUCUUGCACUGAUCUUUAUAGCUCAUGCUGGUUCCCACCCCUGUAUUCUUCAUCCCAGGCACAAGAGCAGAAUUGGUAUGGUUGGUGUAGUCUACAUGCCCGCAGGUGUUCCCUGCUCCCCUCGUCUUAUAGGUGCAACAUCUUGUUCUCUGGCUUCUCCUGCUUAUGAGAGAUGAUUUGGCAGAAGUGAAGAGAGUCCCAAACCAUGAAGCUUUGCUCUAAAUGACAGCUUUCUCACCUAACAGUUUAUCUUUUGUAUUCCAUCUCCGUUUUGCCAGGAACAUCAGAGACAGAAUACACCUGUACUACAUAUCCUUCUCAAAUUGUUUGGAAAAUCAUGUUAAAAUGAUAUGAGUUCUUUGAGAGCUUUGGCUACUUUAUUCAUUUCUUGGGUUCAUUGAUAUAUGAAUGAGUCACAUGGAUCCUUUUGACAUCUGGGUGUAAGGAAGAAUAACAACACAAUUUCUCAUAUGGGAGUGUGGAUCGCUAACCUUUUAAAUAUAUAUUUAUCUAUUAAAAUCUCUAUUAAAUAGAUAUUCCUCUCCAGCACCCUACUGCAAAAAUACUGUUUUUUACUUUCAUCUUAUGGAUGAAAACUCAUUCAUUCAAAGAUUUUAGAGCUAUGAACUGCACAAGAAAAGUGAGAUUAAAUAAGCAUUAGUGGAUACCUUUUUGUCACAGAAUUCGCCCAUCUCUACUCAGAGGAGCAGCAAGCAAUUGUUUAAAGAGAUGAUUUUAGCCAUAUCAGCACAUUUAGACUAUACAUUUCUAAACUGCAGGAAGACACAAUAUUUCAAGUAUUGUAUUAAAAGCAAUUAAAAAAUUAUCUUACCCUGAUGCAUGUGAACCCGUUUUUUGUAGGGCUGCUUCUUCUGUUAUGUCUGAAAGACAUUCUCAGGAGUUGUGGCUGGGUUUAAAGAUUUGUAAAAUGUAAGCAUUUGGGAUCAUAACAUACUUGACUCUCCAGGUGGAGACAGGUGAAGAUCUGAGAGCUGGUUCCAGGUUUUUGCCCUUCCUGCAUCUUUUCACUGAGAUAAACUUAGAUGCUGGCCACGUUUGGCCUGCGUGUGGGAGAAGAAAGGAGUCUGCACAAAGUGCUGAGCUCAUCCACUCCCACCCUCCCUUCUCCUACUCCCAUGUGGCUGGGAGGAAGUACUGUGUCAGAAUUAGUUUCAUUUCUCCUGAAUCCUGGUUUGUUACUUAUGAACCUUUACCAGGAGUGGGACAAGUGCGAUCUUGCUCCUGCUUCUCAAUCUCUCUGUGACUUUUAUACCACUGACCAUGGUAUGCUUCUGGACUGGGUUUAUGGGAUAUGAAUUAGGGGGACAGCGUUACAGUGGUUCCAGUUCUAUCUACAGGAUCAAGUCCAGAGAGUAGCAUUGGGAGAGUGCUUUGCAGUCCCCUGGCAGUUACACUGUGGGGUACUGCAAAGCACUAUUUUAUUCCUAAUCCUGUUUAAUGAAGCUGUUGGAAGUGGUCAUUAGGAUAUUUGGGCCAAAGUACCAUCGGUAUCAUCAGCUCUGCUUCUCCAUCACAUCUGCAUCAGAAGAGGCCAUGCAGGCCCUGGACCAAUGUAUGGAUGCAGUGAUGGGAUGGAUGAGGGAAAAUAAGCUGAGCAUGAAUCACACCAAGACAGAAGCUCUGUGGGUGAGUCCUUCACAUGUCAGAAAAUUGGCCAAUUGCCUGCCCUGGAUGAGGUUACACUUCCUCGGAGGGAGCAGGUAUGCAGUCUGGGAGUGCUUCUGGACCCAGCUGUCAUGGAGGCCUAGGUAGCCUCAGUGGCUAAAAGCACCUUUUACCAGCGCCUAGUAGGACAGCUAUGGGUAUUCCUGGACUUGAAGAGCUUGACCACAGCAGUGCAGGCACUGGUGACUUCAAAACUAGAUUACUGCAGUGUACUCUAUGUGGGGCUUCCCUUGCACUUGAUCCUGAAGCUGCAGUUAAUGCAGAAUGCUGCAGCCAGAUUACUGACAGGGUUGAGACCCUGUCAGCAUAUAACACCCCUGCUCCGAGAUAUGCACUGGUUGCCGAUUUGUGACUGGGCCAAAUUCAUAAUGUUACUAAUAGUAUAUAAAGCCCUUAACAACUUGGGACUUGUUCAUUUGUAGGAUUGAUUUACCUCAUAUAAGCCCACCUGACUGCUUCGAUCUGCGAAUCUGGCACUUUUACAAGUGCUGCAUAAUGUUUGUUCCACGCUUGUAAGAAAUCAAUCUUUUCGUGUAGGAGCACCUACACUUUGGAACUCCCUGCCCAUUGCCAUUAGGUAGCCAUCUUUGCUGUACUCUUUUCAGCUCCUGCUAAAAACGUCCUUGUUAGGCAAGCCUAUCCAGACAUGUAAAGAUGCUAUGCAUUUUAAUCCAUAAUUUUAGUUUAUCAUGUAGUUUUAAAAGUUCAUUUUUUAAUAUUCUGAUUUUUUUCCAUUUUGACUUUUAGUGACAAUUUUAAUGUAUAUUUUAUAUUCUUUGUACACCACUUAGAGAAGUGAUUGCCAUUUUUUUUCCCACGGACCACUGAUGGUCUUGGUGGACCGCUUAAUCAUUUUUCUGCCAGUUGUAGCAAUUGUACUGCACUGUGGUAGAUGCUGGGUGAUUUUUUAAUUGUAUUUUUAUUGCUUCUUUUAUUUCUAUUCUAUUUGCAUUCCAUAGAAUUCAAAUUGUAAUACAACAAAAUACAAAAUAAGAAAUAAAAGAAGCAAUAAAAAUACUAUUAAAAUCUAAAUGAAUACUGAAUAAGGACAUGCCACGGACCACCUGAAUGAAGCUCAUGAACCACUGGUGGGAGUUUGGGAACCAGUGGCUUAGAGGUUUUAUUUACAGUUAAGUGGUAUACAACUUCUAUUAAAUAAAAAUUAACCAGGGAUUAGGUUUUAAAACAAACUCUGCUUAGUUAAACAAGCCAGCUUCAUAUAAGCCAUGGUUUGAAGUUGGCUUGUUUUGAUAUGGACCAGAGUUCGUUUUAAGCUAUGAUCCCUGGUUCAUACAUAACAAUCCAGGAUUCACAGAAAGUGAAACAGACCCAGCAAGAGAAGAUGGUGGAUGCCUUUCUGUUCGCACAUGUAGUGCUAAACCAUGGUUGUACAAGUGCAGCUGUGAUGAAAGAUGUGGAGCUACUGUGAUAAAUAGCAUCUCCAUGUUGAGUUAUUCCAUUCACCAUAUUGUAGCAUCUGGUCAUAGCUCCCAUUUCUAUGUUGUGCAUUUCCUUGCAAUGGCAGCCAUUGAUGUGGUGUCAAGGAAGGGAAACAAUGCCUGAUGACAUCAGGUCAUGGGUUUAUGUCAAGAGAAUGAUGAGAACUCAACACAAGGAAGCCCUCUGUUUUUCAAGAUGCCUAGUAUAAGUAGACUGUACCUGUGUCUUUCAUUAACAGUAGUGAAGCUAAAAAACAUUUUAUUCUUCUGUCAUAACUGUGCCUAUAGUGGCCCAGAUAUGCUGAUAUGACUUGAAUGCUUCACGGAAUUUACAUCAGUUCAUUUGCCCAGUCCCUCUGGAUAUUUUAGAGUCUGACCAUAUUGGUUUCUUUCCUUUUUCCUAACCAACCAGCAUAUUUCAAAACCAGUUUUAGCCUGUGACUUUCUCCUCUAAUAGGCUCUUGUGCGAUGAAUCAGAUUAUGAGUUUGGGUACUGCAGUGCUCAUUGCUUUUCAUGUACAUCCUCCAAAACAGAUUAUAUCAUGUUUGCAAGAGGUCUUCAGAAAAUGUCUUGUAAAAAGUAAUUCUUUAGAUUGAACAGAUUUCUGUAGUAGACCAGGAUUAUAUUUAUAUCUCCAGCUGAUACAAAAGGGUACACAUAUGGGUUACAAAUAAGAUAUUAAAAUGGUUUAAAUUUGGGUGAUAUGAUGGAGUAAGACAUGCAACAAAGGACAUUUGCAGUGUCACCCAGUGAGGGAAAAGUGUUCCAUCUGUUCAGGCGCCACUUCUACCAAAAAGUACAGACCACAUCAUGAUGUCUUGCUUUUUCUUUUUCACCACUGUCUCAUCUCUGCCUUUCCAUGGUUUUAGCUAAGUUUAGUAUUCCCUUGUGAAUUUUCUUAUGUUUCUUCCACUUGUCUUCCCAGGCCAAUUUAGUUGGAUGGCAUUCCCAACUAUUAUCAGGCAAAGCUGAGCUCUGUUUGGCCAUCUCUCCCUCCUUAACAAGAACAAAGCUAAGUUAGGUGGUGAGAGGAGAACUGGGAAACCUCUACAGCUGUUCCAUAUUGUUUGAGUUGUGGAGCCUUGCCCCAUCAAGAAAAUCCAGGAGGUGUGAACAUUUCUUCACCUCCACUGUUUUUUCAUGUUUUUGCAUUUGCAGCUUCUUGUUUUUAACAGUAAUAACAUACAAUCUGAUACAGCAAUAAGAAUGCAACUUAGUACAGUUGCAUAGAACACAUUGUUGACUCUUUUUUAAAUGAUUAAUUGUAAAACCAUAACUUGUCAUAUGUUACAAGACUCUUGAAAUUGGACCAUUGAAGUUUUUUAAUCUGAAAACUGUUUUGUUACAAAGGAUCAUGUAUCUCAGAUUUAUUAUUUGCAUCUCAUUCACAGAUGGAAUUGUGGAGCAUGGGUUGCCCUUUCACUUGUCUUUCAGUUUGCUGUGUCCUUUGUCAAAUCAGUUACUUUGUCAUUGUCCAUUUUAAUCUCUGCUUAGUAGUAAAAUCAUAAGACUAUGGAAGCUGCCGGGUAACAAAACAUGAAAUUCUCUAGAGGCUAAGCUAUAAUUUGGAAGGUUCCUAUGUUAGUAUUGGCCUCUUUUUAGUACCUGGACAAAGUGUCUGGUACUGUUUCCUUUACAGAACCUCAGUUAAUUAACUUCUUAAGACUUUAGAGGAGCUUUGCAUUUUAAGAUUCCUGCAGAGGUAAUAUAAGGGCCAUUGAAGAAUUGCAGGGACAAUAGCAGCAGCUACUUGGUAAGCUGUUUGCCUUGUUAAUAUUAAAAACAAUAGGCAUGGAGGAAAGGAUGAAAAUUGGUAUCCAUCCACCCAUAUUUAUUCUGACAGCUUAGGCAGAUAGUACUGUGGCAUUUGACCCAGAAAUUCCUACACAGAGAAGCACACUGCUGUCUGUAAUCUCCCACUACAUCCUCACCAUGUGCAUUUGACGUUUAUACUUGGCCACUGUCUUAGAAGCUUGAAUAACCUGUUGGGCAGGGAAGGUGCUGCAUCAGAUUCGGUCAGACUUUGUAGCCAUCAAGUCCAUUAUUGCCUGCUUUAACUGGCAGUGGCUCUCCAGAGUCUGCCUGAGAGCCUUUCCCAUUACCUGCUACCUGACCCUUUUAACUGGAGAUGAUGAGAAUUGAAACUGGGACCUUCUACGUUCUAAGUGUGUGUUAUAGUCCCUUCUCCUGAUUUUAUGGAUUAGGGAAGCAAAUGUUGGAUUUUUUCCCCUUCCCAUUAGAAAUGUUUCUCAGCAUGUCUAUGAAGCAUAGUGGCAGAUAAUCAAGAUUAAUGGAUGUCAAAAAGAAUCCCAUGCCCUCUUUUCCUUAGCAAAUAUGUCCAUGCUGUUGGAGGAGGAGGAGGAGCAAUAGUUUCCUAUCCCUGGAUGCUUUGUGUGGAGAUCCUCCUCCAUUACUAUUUUGCCCAUGCAGGAACAGAUGCAGUAGACAAGAUGCAUGGGACCUGAUUCCAUAAGCAGCUUGACUUUGCUAAGUGUAAAAAUUCCUAGCUGCUUCACAUGGACAUAUUUAAAACAGGGUAACACUCGACCUCUGGACAUUAUUCUGCAUGCCCAUGAAGGCAAGUGCCAUAGCCAGGAUCAAACAACAUUUAAAAAAACCUCUUCCAAAUCUUCUAUACCUCCACAAAAAUUGUUGAUAGAAAGGACUGGCCACUUUUAUUGAUUCAGUUUUUCAACUCUACCAAGGAAGCAAUGGAUAUAAGUUCUCUGUUGCAUUUCUGAGCAACUUAAAACACUCAUGACCCCAUGAUGUAGUUCAGCAUGACUAUUGAUUAAAUUGUUAGAGAGCUGCAUUAGGACUAGGUAUAUCAGCAACUUUAAAAAAAUAAUCUCAUUCACUAAUCACAAAUGACAUCAUGGAUCCAAUUUAAAAAGCAUAUUUAGGAGUCCUUGUUUUAAAGCACUUAGCAUACUGUAGUGUCUGUAAAAGAAAGACACUUCUACAAUAAUGUUUUUCAUAAGUUAAAAAAAUAUACAUUUUAUAAUUAAUGGAACCAAAUGUUCUCAAUUAGAAAAAAUAGUGGCUGUUAAUACUGUAAAAUAAUAAUAUGAUUAAUAAUAAUUCUAGUAUCCAAAGGGUUUUUCAUUUUGUUUUAAUUUUCAGGGAGUUUCUUACAUUGUUGAAUGAAAAUAGUCUUUGAGGUUGUUACUGACAAUAAUGGCUUCUGUGUUUUCGGGCUGCUUGAAUUAUUUGUAGCGUCUAAUAAUAUUGCAGUGCUGCUGUAUCUAGA